CUCUGGAGUUUCAUUAUUGUUCAGCAAGACGAGGACAACAGGACACACUGACAGUGUUACAAACUGGUCUGGGUUGGUCAAAAACUGGUCCUGACUGGAAAUCCCUGAAGACUUGUCGGUAUUUUGUGCUGUGAUUAUGGCUGAGAACGGAAACCACGGCGAGAUGGACACAGGACACGAAGCUCCGGCGUCACAGGACACACAGAGUGUGAUGUGUCGUGUGAGUAACCUGGCCCUGGUGAGCUCAGCGUGUGACGCCGUGUGCAGCGCCUACAGCAACACAAAGGAAAGCGUCCCUAUGCUUAGAGGAGUGAUCGACGCGGCCGAGAGCGGAGUUUGUACCCUGAGCACCGCCGCCAGCUCAGGAACUAAACCUCUACUGAACAAACUCGAGCCACAAAUUGCUGUGGUGAAUGCGUACGCCAUGAAAGGCCUGGACAAGAUGGAGGAAACGCUUCCCAUCUUACACCAGCCAGCGGACAAGCUCGUGUCUGAGACAGUAGGAAAGGUGUAUCAGUGUGUGUCUGGAGCGAAGGAGGCGGUGGUGGGGGUGAUGAUGGGGGGAGUGGAGAUGACCCGCACUGCCCUCAGUGGGGGUAUCAACAGCGUCAUGGGGUCCCGUGUGGGGCAGAUGGUCAGCAGCGGAGUGGGUUUGACUCUGAACCAAUCGGUGGACUCGGUAGAGCAACAACUCCCGCUAACGCAGACAGAACUGGCCGCUGUAGCAGAGCCUCUGCUAAAAGACGAGGUUGGAGCCUCACUGAGUGAUGAGUGUGUGGCCUCACAAAGUUCCCCCCCGAGCUACUUUGUGCGCCUGGGGAAGCUCUCGGCUCAGGUUCAGGAGCGAGCGCUGGAACUGUCCCUCAUCAAGGCCAGCGCUGCCCGAGACGCCACUCACAAAGCUGUAGCUCAAAUCAGCAGCACCUUGGACCUGCUGGAGAACCUCAGAGGAACCAAAGUGCUGGUGGGAGCAUCAGAGCCUCUCCUCAAGAGGUGGAGGGAGUGGAGACAGGAGGGGCAGGAAGUGCACGUGCAGGGGCAAGGGGCAGAAAACACGGAGGAGGACGGCGAUGAGGACGGCAAAGAGAGCACAGAGCAGCUGGAUCGGAGAGCUCUGUCCAUGGUGCACGCUCUGAGUGAGCAGCUGCGUGCGGCGUGUUCAGGUGUCGUGUCCAGUGUUCAGGGUCUCCCCAACACUGUACAGGAGCAGCUGCUUAAUGCACGACGCUCAGCCGAAGAGCUGCACUCGUCCCUCAGUAAAACCAACACCAUCACACCGCUGCUACUCCAACAGAGUCGAUCCCAGAUCACACAGGUGAGACAGUCUCUGGAUGGAGUGAUGGACUAUCUCCUGAAUAACACUCCUCUGAACUGGUUAGUCGGGCCUUUUUCACCCCAGCUGACGGAGAAACGGACGAGCGCAGAGUAGCAUUAAGAAUUAAGAUGAUAAACAUUCAGAUGUGCCGUUAUAGUGUGUAAACACUUUUAGCUGCACUGCAACCACAUGAUGAUCAAUAUAACCUUUAAAGUGACUCAUGAAUCUUUAGGCCUUAUCACUGCCACCUGACACUAGUGAAUCAUUUGGAUUUAUCACAGAAAACACUACCGAAUCAUAUGGUGUAUCUAUAGAAUUACUAGUGAAUCAUUUGGUUUAUCUAUAGAAUUACUAGUGAAUCAUUUGGCUUUACAACAGAAAUCACUACUGAAUCAUUUAGCUUUACUAUAAAUUAAUAGUGAAUCAAUUGGUUUUACCAUCGAAAUCACUCGUGAAUCAUUUGGCAUUACUAUUAGAAGUACUAGUGAAAAUCCAUUGUGAAUCAUUUGGUCUAUUAAAAAAAAAAUCUUUAUUUGUUUUGUAUUGCACCGUGUCCCAGAAAAUGUGUGGAGUAUUUGGCUGUACUGUAAUAAUGAAAAGUUUUCCACUUUAGAAUCACACCGUUGUUUGCUGAGGAAUGAAAUGAGAAUUGUUGAAAUUUAAGCAAUCCCCAGUGAGUCAUCCAGACUUACCCUGGAAUCAUCAAUGAAUCAUUUGUUUGCAUAAUAGUGUCAUUAGUGAAUCAUGUGCGACUGUCAUUGACAUUUUCUGCUUUUGAGGAAGCCGUGUGUAUUUUAUCAGCUACAGUAAAAUAAGGCGACUAUACAAGUGGCUGAAUGACAAACUUUGGAUUUUAAACGUUUUAACCUAUUUUUAAACAUCAGUGAUCGAAUGCACUGUAAACGGAUCUGCUGUUCCGGCGUCAUCUGUACAGAACACUUUAAUGUUAGUCAUUAGAAUAGCUGUGAAACUUGUGGUUUAUGUGUGAUGUGAAAUAAGUGUAACACAUUUCAAUAAAACGGUCAAACACA